AUGCGCAUGAUGGGCGGUCCUCUAAGAAGGAGAAAAUACAAGCAGUGGCAGGUCCCAGCGCAGGAGACUGGGCAAGAGUUCGCGCUCCUCGAAAACGAGGAUGGCAACUGUCUAAUGGCAAUGGAUGCCCCGAUGAACGGCAUCCACCCCAGAAUGGUUGCCUGUGAUGCAGACAACUUCUUGCAGAAGUGGGCCUACGAGGAGACAACGGGCCUCGUGAGGCACACUGGAGGCAAAUGCCUGGACGCCUCGCAGCGGGAGGUCCCAAACGGUUUGGUUCACAUGUGGGAAUGCGACAGCAGCAACGAGAACCAGAUGUGGGAAUGGGACUCCGGGAACACCGGGCGUUUGAAAAACCGCUAUGGCAUAUGCCUGGAUGCGCCAGCGCCACAGGUGGAGGGCAGUGGAGUCCACAUGUGGACCUGCGACGAGUCGAUCAGCAAUCAGAAGUGGCAUUUCGUUCCUGCUGGCACGGAGAGAGAACUUUACCACUUCUGGUGUUCCGACCUCGACCACAAAGGAAGGAUUACCGAGGUGGAACAGGCAGUGAUGAAGCUUGCAUUUCCGUUGUGCACCUGCCAGUAUGGCUGUUGGCGAUCAGUUGAAGAAGUAGGUUUGACGUCGGCGAAAACGGGCAGGACGAGCAUUGCGCUCCUGCACGUCAACAUCCAAACCUUGGAGACGAGCGGCCGUCAUGCCUGCUUGGACAAGCUCCGCAAAGUCGACAAGGCAGAUACCUUCGUGCACUCCCUUGGCCGGUGCGAAGUCUGGCACUGCGCUACACUGGCCCGGGUGCGGAUGUCUGCGGGUCCAGGUGGAGGUCUAUCUGAGUCACCCUAUGCCGUUACUCUGAAAACGGCGGACGGCCACUUCAUAACUGCAGCUGCAGAUGGGUCCAUGAAAGCGGACGAAGAAUCCUUCGUGCCGGAGGCUCUGUUCUUGCUGAUGCCCGCGGAUGGCGACAAAGUUGUUCUGAAGGCCCAGAACGACAGAUAUGUCAAGGCAGAGCCAGGUGGUCUAAUUUCCGCGGUAUCUGAGAAGUGGGAUGAUUGGGAGGAGUUUGACCUUGUGAAACAGGACGGCGGCAAGGUGUCCUUGCGCAGUUUCCAUGAGAAGUACAUUGCAGCAAAAGAUGGCAGUGUAGCCGCGAAUAGCGCAACUGCCACAAUGCUAGAGCUCGUGAACCGGUCCAUGGCCAGUCAGAAUGGCUCCGCGGAAGCGCACGCUUUCCACAAGACCAUUUCAGACUUGACAAGCCAUUCGGUAUGCAGCAGGCCAUCCGAGAAAGCAGCUGUUCGAUGCUGCUCUAGCGCUGGUGCUGUGGUGAAGGAAGAUUCCUAUGGUUGCCACAACCUUACAAAUUACUCAGAGGCGGUCGCCAUCUGCGAAGCCGAAGGCCUGCAGCUCUGCACAGAUGCGCAGGCCAGAAGCUGCACGGACUGCAGCAUUUGUGGCUCUGCUACCCAGCACAUAUGGACUUCCUCUACAUGCAGUGGGACGGAGGGGCUCACCCAACGGCGGCUUGGGCAAAGGAACGACCGCGCCUCCGUCUUCAGCAAUUUCUGCGGCUACCAGCCGGAUAAGGGCGGCCUGCACGGAGAGGAGGUGAGGUCCACAGUUUUCGUCAAGCUGAUGGAGUGGAACUACAACGACAUUGCCAAAGAGUGUGUGGAAUAUCUGGCGCCCAAUGGCUUCGAUGCUGUUCAGGUUGCGCCUGUCACGGAACAUGUCCUGGGCUAUCAGUGGUGGGUGAAGUAUCAGCCAGUCUCUGCGGGUCUGGACACGCGAUCGGGCACGGAGCAGGAGUUCAGGGCGAUGGUGGCUACUUGCCGCGCAGCGGGCGUGCAAGUCAUUGUGGACAUCCUGAUGAACCACAUGGCAUCUCCCUGUAAGAAAGCCACGAAAAUCAAGAAGAAAUCCAAUUGGAACGAAGAGGAGGACAUGCCUUGCGUCGGCUGGGGUGGCAGCCGCUACGGAAACCGCCUGCAGAAGGGUGCACGAGGAUGGGAUGCAGCGAACCCGAAGCACUUUCAUCACAAAAAGGAGGACACCACAGAGCCUGCGUGCAAGGUGGGCCCUCAGACGGGCUGGCUGUGCCCAGACGAUGACUGCACCCCGUGCGAUAUGUAUGCUCUCCCAGACUACGCGACCGAGCUGCCAGAGGUCCGGGACAUGCAGUUCAAACACCUUGAGGAGCUCUACCACAUCGGUGUUACAGCUUUGCGGGUGGAUGCCGCUAUUUACCACCACGUCUAUGAAUUGGCAGAUAUGCUCAACAGGCUUCCCUGGGAUUUGGUCUACCAAGAGUGGUGGGGCGAAUAUCCACCUCAUGACCGUACAGAGUAUGUGGGCGAGUACCGGGACGUUGCCUACCGCUGGCACUUGGUGAAUCACCUGGCCGGCAAGAACGCCUCUGAGCUCCCAGAGCUUCUCGAGCUUAAUGGUGGUGUCUUCGGAAUCAGUCAGGAUAUGGCUGUGUAUCCCUUUGCAUACCACGAUGGUCGCAGCAAGGAUGCAGAUCCGGAGAUCGCCACCUACAAGAAUGGCCUUGCAUUCCACCAGCAGCAGAAAUUCUUCCUUUCAUGGCCCUUCGGAGCCAAGGUGCUUAUAUGGGGAGGAUACGGUUGGCGAGAUCUUUCUCACGGGCCCCCUGGUUGCGAUAAGUCGGAUGGCGACCACUGCUCACCAAACCCGGUUUAUGAUGAGUAUGGGAAUGCUCAGUGCAUGCCAGCGCCAACCGUGUCACCGCUUUCCAAGACGGAAGCACGAGAGCGGCGCUGGAUAUGUGAGCAUCGAUGGCAGGGUGUGGCAGGCAUGAUGCACUUUCGCAAGGCCUGCCGGCAGCAUGCCGUGACAGAGAAAUGGGAAGGCGGAAAGACGGAGGGCAUUGGGAUCGGCCGUGUUGCCUUCCGCCUGGGGAGUGAUUGCUUCGUCGCACUCACGCGUGGCAGGAGGGAAGACGAGGAUGAAGAUGUGGCAGGUGUGGGCGGAACUUGGGAUCUGACAGGCCUCAAGAUCGAGCUCCCUGAGGGCCGAUACUGUGACAUGUCCUCUUUACACACGCAGAAGGGCUGGGACCAAAGCAGCUGUCCCAGGGAGGUGCAGGUGGACGACAAGGGCGUUAUCCAGCAUGGCUCCGUCACCCAAGGAGAGAUCCUUGCCAUCCAUGUCGGCGCCAAAGUCACCAGCCUGUUCAGCUGA